AUGGCUACACCUUUCAUCUCCUUGCUCGAGCCUGGCAAGGUCGAAGAGUUCCAGCGCGGGCUCCCUUUGGACCAGCAACCAAGCACCAUCCCUCAAACCUUCCUCGACGCCAUGGAGGUCCGGCAAAGCGUCUUUGUCCAAGAGCAAAAGGUCCCGGCUGAGAAUGAAUUCGACUCUGAUGACAACCGAUCAUGCCACUGGGUCAUCUACGCCAGCGUCAAGAAGACGGAGGAGCCUGAGAUCCUAGACAAGGCAGGCAACGUAUUGCAGCACCGGAAGAGCUCGACCCGUUCAACACCCAUCGGAACCAUACGACUCGUUCCCUUCCCUCACGAUCCGCACCCUCAGGAUGGUGGCAGAUACAUCGAUGGGAGGCUACAGGACAAUGAUGGGGAACAGAACCACAUGGUCUUGACGGGAGGCGUCGGAAGACCACCCUACAUCAUCGAACGAGAAACCACCUUCCAUGAUGGCCAGGAGCCGUACGUGAAAUUGGGACGCUUGGCAGUCAUCAAGGAGUUCCGAGGCCACCGUAUCGCUGGGCAGGUUGUCAAUGCAGCACUCUCCUGGAUCAAGUCGAAUCCAUCCUACUUUGACCCCAGCAUCAAGGAGGUCGGCAUGAAGCAACUGGGGGCUGCCAGUGACAAGGAGAUCCCCACAUGGAAAGGCUUGGUGUGUGUCCACGCCCAGAAGCAGGUCGUGGAUGUCUGGAAGAAAUGGGGCUUCGAGCUGGAUGAGGGUAUGGGCACAUGGUGGGAGGAGGGUAUGCCCCAUGUCGGCAUGUUUCGGCGAUUGGACAUUGCAUAG